GAUCAAACGCUCACACUUACCAAUCUACACUACACUCAUCACCUUCAUGAGUUCAGGACGCAAUGUCUAAGAAGCGUGAUCAUAUCCAAAUCGAUUCAGAUGAAGAGGACGAGCUUGUAGAUAUUGAGUCAGAUCUCGUCAAGUUCGAUCCCGAAGACGGACUAUAUGAAAAAGCAAGGCGGCCCAUGACCCCGGAAUCGCCGAAGACAAAGCGCGUCAAGGAGCAGAAGUCUUUCACCCUCAGGAGGAGCACUGAAUCCACCCCGUCCUUGACAACAACUACGAAAACCGUCUCCGCAAAGCGCAAAAGCACAUCUGGGUCGGCUAUCGACUUUGAACUGCUCAAACAGCUCAAGGAAGAUCACCCUAGUUGGUCCUGGGAACAAUUCGCGCCUUACUUCCAUCCCCACAACGCCAAACAACUUAGGACGUAUUGGAGUCAUAACAACUCCAAGAAUACGAAGUGGACCGAAGAAGAGAAAGAUGAAUUCGCAGAAUGGUUGAUCAACGAUGACAAGGACCGAUUCAAGAGGGCGAGUAAGGCUUUUGGAAAGACGGCAUUGGCGUGCAAGGAGAUGGCGAAGAAUAUUGAUCAAUGAUGUCAUGCAGUACAUAGCGGGAAAUCAAAGUACUAUCUAUCUGCUCCAGCGCAAGCCUUAACUUUAGAUCCAGACAUGUUGGG